AAGCAACGUUGGAGCAGCUCGGCGCCCCAAACGAGCAGGUCGAUGCCUGAGGAUUUAAUGGAGAAAUCCCAAAGUGAGCCGGGGCGCACGGUGGAGGAGGGGCGCGCCGCAGCCGGGGCUGCCGGGCCCUGAUGGGCGGGAGCGGGGUGGAGCGGCCUCGCCUGACAGGCAGCCCUGGGCGCUGGGCUCCGCGGCCACACUCUGGAGACAGCCACGGUCCAGGCAGGUGGGGGAGGGCGCUGCUCCCGUCCUGAUGUACCAGGAGCCGCCAGCAGCCAUCCAGGUGACUAAGCCUGCCCACUAGCACUGAGUCACCGCCCGCCUGGAGCUGUUCUUGCUUCUCCUUUGCAUCUGAUUAUUUUGGGAGCUGGAAACUUGGAGCUGCACCUGAGUCCCGCCCCUUCUAGCUCUCCCCUCCCUACCUUGGGCUCCAGGAAGAUGGGACUUGCUGUGAGUCUGCUGCCACCCGUUAAAGAUAUGGAAGACACUGUGGGGGCCAGAGGUGCCCGGGGGGCUGUGGCAGCAGGCAGAGUGCAAUAGCAGAUAUGGUGGUCAGGCUGCCCGUGUGUGUCCUCUGGAGGUGUAAGGACAGAAGGGCAGUCUUGUCCGAGCUGACUGGAGUCCUCCCGGGCUGGCUGUGAACUCAUCUCCCAGGGGGAUGUUUCUGUAAAGGAGUGGCUUCUGGGGUCAGAGUGGCAUUUGGAGAGCGAGGCUGGAUUGGCUUAGGCCGGCCUGGGCAGGGAGUGCCGCUUCCUGGGCUAGAAACAAGCACCAGCCUGCAGUGGAGAACGCGGGGCCCCGCUGCCCAGAAGGAGCGGCCACGGCCUGCGGAGGACUGGCCCAGGAAGGUCCCAGGUCUUCCCUCUCCUCGGCACCUAAGAGAGCGGUCCAGAGCGGGUGAGGAGUCUCGAGGAACAGGCGGAAGGCGCCGGAAGGCACCAUGUUCCGCAAGAAAAAGAAGAAACGCCCUGAGAUCUCAGCCCCACAGAACUUCCAGCACCGUGUCCACACCUCCUUCGACCCCAAAGAAGGCAAGUUUGUGGGCCUUCCCCCACAAUGGCAGAACAUCCUGGACACACUGCGGCGCCCCAAGCCCGUGGUGGACCCUUCGCGAAUCACACGGGUGCAGCUGCAGCCCAUGAAGACAGUGGUGCGGGGCAGCGCGGUGCCUGUGGACGGCUACAUCUCGGGGCUGCUCAACGACAUCCAGAAGUUGUCGGUCAUCAGCUCCAACACCCUGCGCGGCCGCAGCCCCACCAGCCGGCGGCGGGCACAGUCCCUGGGGCUGCUGGGGGAUGAGCACUGGGCCACCGACCCAGACAUGUACCUCCAGAGUCCCCAGUCUGAGCGCACCGACCCCCACGGCCUCUACCUCAGCUGCAACGGGGGCACACCAGCAGGCCACAAGCAGAUGCCGUGGCCCGAGCCACAGAGCCCACGGGUCCUGCCCAAUGGGCUGGCUGCAAAGGCACAGUCCCUGGGCCCCGCCGAAUUUCAGGGUGCCUCACAGCGCUGUCUGCAGCUGGGUGCUUGCCUGCAGAGCUCCCCACCAGGAGCCUCACCCCCCACAGCCACUGGUAGGCGUGGAAUGAAGGCUGCCAAGCAUGGCUCUGAGGAGGCCCGGCCACAGUCCUGCCUGGUGGGCUCAGCCACGGGCAGGCCAGGUGGGGAAGGCAGCCCUAGCCCUAAGACCCAGGAGAGCAGCCUGAAGCGGAGGCUAUUCCGAAGCAUGUUCCUGUCCACUGCUGCCACGGCCCCUCCAAGCAGCAGCAAGCCAGGCCCUCCACCACAGAGCAAGCCCAACUCCUCUUUUCGACCGCCACAGAAAGACAACCCUCCAAGCCUGGUGGCCAAGGCCCAGUCCUUGCCCUCAGACCAGCCGGUGGGGACCUUCAGCCCUCUGACCACUUCGGAUACCAGCAGCCCCCAGAAGUCCCUCCGCACAGCCCCGGCCGCAGGCCCGCUUCCAGGCCGGUCUUCCCCAGCAGGUUCCCCCCGCACCUGGCACGCCCAGAUCAGCACCAGCAACCUGUACCUGCCCCAGGACCCCACGGUUGCCAAGGGCGCUCUGGCUGGUGAGGACACAGGUGUUGUGACACAUGAGCAGUUCAAGGCUGCACUCAGGAUGGUGGUGGACCAGGGUGACCCCCGGCUGUUGCUGGACAGCUACGUGAAGAUUGGCGAGGGCUCCACCGGCAUCGUCUGUUUGGCCCGGGAGAAGCACUCGGGCCGCCAGGUGGCCGUCAAGAUGAUGGACCUCAGGAAGCAGCAGCGCAGGGAGCUGCUCUUCAACGAGGUGGUGAUCAUGCGGGACUACCAGCACUUCAACGUGGUGGAGAUGUACAAGAGCUACCUAGUGGGCGAGGAGCUGUGGGUGCUCAUGGAGUUUCUGCAGGGAGGAGCCCUCACAGACAUCGUCUCCCAAGUCAGGCUGAAUGAAGAGCAGAUAGCCACUGUGUGUGAGGCUGUGCUGCAGGCCCUGGCUUACCUGCAUGCCCAGGGUGUCAUCCACCGGGACAUCAAGAGUGACUCCAUCCUGCUGACCCUGGAUGGCAGGGUGAAGCUCUCGGACUUCGGAUUCUGUGCUCAGAUCAGCAAAGACGUCCCUAAGAGGAAGUCCCUGGUGGGAACCCCUUACUGGAUGGCUCCUGAAGUGAUCUCCAGGUCUUUGUAUGCCACUGAGGUCUCCCCAGUGCUGCGAGACUUCCUGGAGCGGAUGCUGGUGCGGGACCCCCAAGAGAGAGCCACAGCCCAGGAGCUCCUAGACCACCCCUUCCUGCUGCAGACAGGGCUACCCGAGUGCCUGGUGCCCCUGAUCCAGCUCUACCGCAAGCAGACCUCCACCUGCUGAGCCCACCCUGAGUACAACCUGCCACCUGUGCCCACAGGCAGGGCACACGGGGCAGCCAGCCUGCCGGCAGGGCUUGCCUGCCUCCUCCUCUCAGUAUUCUCUCCAAAGAUUGAAAUGUGAAGCCCCAGCCCCACCCUCUGCCCCUCAGCCCACUGGGCCAGGCCGGACCUGCCCCCUCAGUGUCUCUCCCUCCUGAGUCCCCAGAUGGAGACCCCUUCUACAGGAUGACCCCUUGAUAUUUGCACAGGGAUAUUUCUAAGAAACACAGAGACCAGCGUCCCUGGCCUCUGCAGCCAACACAGUAGAAAAGGCUACUGUGGUUUUUUAAAGGUAGUUGUCCACUAGCGUCCUAGGCCACUGCAGAGGGCAGACUGCUGGUCUCCACAGAUACUUGCUGUUCUCAGCUCCAGCUUCAAACCUCGGGUCUCGAGAGGGCCACGGGCCACGGGGUGGUUUUUAUGACCUGAAUCCCGCUUCCUCCCUCACGUCUGAUGUCCUGAAGGUGCAGUCCCAGCUGUACGGCUCCUCCCCGCCCAGAACUGUGAAUGGCCUGCUCCAGGCCAUGGCUGUGGGCAGGGAGUGAGGGGGCAAUUUCUGAGUGAAAAAGAAUGGGGUCGGUGGUGAAGGUGCUCUCACUUUACAGAAUGGAGAGAACAUCGUGUGUGUGUGUGUGUGUGUGUGUAAGGGGGGAGGAAAGCCACCUUGACAGCCCAGGUCCCUUCAGGUCACCCCCAGCCAGCUUCAGGAAGGCUGCCCAUCCUCUCUCCCACUAAGUUCUGGCCUAAAGGGACCUGCUUUCUUGGCCUGGCUUCCACCUCUCCAGUCCUGUGUCUGCCUGGCCAGUGGAGCGGUCCGUGCUAAGUCUAACACAGCCUGGGGGCUCGGGAGGCUUCUGAGCUUCUCUGUACUGUGCAGUGUGAGGGCCAGGGACAGGAAUGUAAGGAAUGGUAACUGUGUUACCUUUCAAGUUUAUCCCAAUAACCAGGCCAUCAGACCCAUUGUUCUCUUCAGAACCCUAUCUGGAGAGACGGCGAACCACCUCCGGGUUUCCAUCACGCCAAGGUCACGGGCACCCAUUUGUGCAGACCCUCUGCCCCGGCUGCCUCCACAGACAGCUGUCUCCUUGUCCUCCUCGGCCCCGCCCCACUUCACGGCUGCUGUGAGAUGGAAUUCCAGGAAAGAACUUCAGGCGUCUGCACCCUUUCUAUCUAGAUAAUAUUUUUAGAUUCCUCUGCUCCCUAGUGACCUACCUGGGGGCAAAGAAAUUGCAAGGACUUUUUUUUAAGGGUCAGAGUUUUCAAAACAAAAACAUCUUCCCUAGAAAUUUUUGUGAAUUGUUUGCACUUGUGCCUGUUUUAAAUUAAAUUGAGUGUUCAAAGCCA